GAAGAAGCGGACAAAGGAAUUAGUCGUGAUGAUUGCAGAAAUCGAGCAAGCAGCCAAAUCUCACAGUACAAGAACGCUGAAGAUGGUUUUUCCGCAAGACAGAAAAUCGAGAGAAGGAAGACGCCUCAUCCCGGCACAACGCAGCUACCACUAAAAUCCUAUCACUAUCCAGCAUUCACCACACCUGAGGGCUUCAAAGUUCCAACUGGGCUGGCGCAUGAUCCACGAGUCGUUUCGGUUCCAGGACAACAACCGUACAACGCUUUUCGCCUUAUGCACGCACCAGGAAUGCAUACGCACUUCUAUGAUUGUACUUGUUGAUUCUAUUCGAUUCUUCAAACUGCCUUGAUCUAGAAUGGAAUUCAAAUGCAAUACAGAAGCAAUGAUCUAUCAUGUCUUCCCUGAAAGGAGUGCAGCCUCACGCACAAGGAUGAACCUUUAACAAUCAUCUUUCGGGUCUGAAACCGACUGAAGAUAUGUAACAUCUUACUUUCGUUCUACUAGUUGAUGUUGUACUGUAUAAAAAUGAUGAAAUCCAUCCUCGAUGAAGAAUCUCUCCACCCUACAGCCUGGACGACGCAGGAGGGUUGGAAGGUGCCUGGGGGUUUAUUUCAUUGCUUAUCAGUGGUUGCGAUCCCCAAUCAGUCUGCAAUCGCUUUGAACAAGGAGAAUGGGAAUUGCUGUUCCCGUCAUUGGGCGCAUCGAGCACGAGAAAUGAAGGUGGACCUCACAGAAGCGGCUAAGGCUAUGAAGCUAAGAUGUAGUUCUUGGAUCAAACAAGUGGAAGAAUUUCGAAAGUCGUUGUCGUGCAAAUCACCUUCAGGGGAACAAGAGACGAGAGGAGAAGAUCAGACGCGUGAUGAAGCUGAUUGUUUUAUUACAGAACAACAGGAGGAGCAGGAACAAGGAGAUGAGGGCAGGUCGUCUUAUGAGUCCAACAACGAUCACGAUGCUGAAAAACAUCGUCGGCGGAUGCGAAGCUGGCUAGUAUCUACGAGUCCGCACUUGGUAUUCCGUAAGACUGAACAACGGCUCUUGGAGGUUGUGGAGAAACCUCGUACAGGUGUACUAGAUGAGCAGCUCUACAGUCGUGUAGGUGCCAAAGCAAAUAACGAGCAUGCCUGCGACAAGGAGAGUGCUCCUGCAGAGGAAGCGCAGGCGGGAAGUGAUGAGACCAACAAGAACUACAGCGAACCUGUCAUCAACGACCCUGUUCUUGAGUGUUUGGUUACUAACCCCUCGUCAAGAACACGUGGCACUAAGAACAGGGCAGGAGAGAUGCUAGAUGCCAAAAUGACGUGCGCAGCAGCUCCUCAAGAUGUUGUAGAUGACCACGCGAGUCUAAUGCCGCAUUCUCCUUCGGUGAUGGAUCUGCCGUUAAAAGUGGCCUCUAGAGUAGUGGUUGACGAUAACGAUAUGAACGUGAAUAGCGCGAAUAACGCAACUUGUGACCUGCUCUACGAAAUGAAGGACGUGAGCGUUGCCACGAUUGUGAAAUCAAGUUCGGAACAGCACCUACAAUUUCUGGAAGCGGGGAUUUCCAAUAUCGAAGAAGGAGAGCACUCAUGUCGGACAGACAUACAAGAUGCGCAAAACAGAAGCUCCUAUGGUGCUCAAGACAGUUUACUAGAUUGUUUCCCGACUACCAGAAGCAGCGUCCCUUCGUCCAGUAGAGGACAACAGGUGAUAGUCGAUGAGAUCGAUCAAAUUCUACUAGAGCCACCGCCACCGAGCGCAGAAAUUAAGAGGUCCCCGGGUGAUAUUAAGAGAAGUCAUCCGACAGAAGAAGAACCAGAAGAGACUAAGAAUAGCACUAGAAUUACAACUACAUCUUCUGCAUUUGCGGGCAGCAAUAUCAGGAAACAGGAGAGUUGUAUCAGAGAAGAUUUGCAGACGCAGACCACUCGUAGAAGCAGUAACGGAUCUCCACGAAGCACUUCGAUGCGACGAGUUUCCUUCGAUAGUACUGGGCAGACUCAGUCUAAGAGGACAAAGAGUAAAUCUCCUCCUCCCGCUUCCCCGAAAACUCGUUCAUCGAGUAAGACAAGCGCAAACAAGAUGUCAAGGUCCGCGCGUAGUAGCAAAUCUUCCUCGCCAGUCAUCGAUGCUCGUGGUAGUGUCAACGAGCAGAAAAGACCCUCAUCCACUGAGGAGCGUAAGACAUGCAGCUCAUCUGAGCGUAAAAAAGCGACAUCCACUCGCAAGAAUAGUCCCACAACUGUAUCUCGAUCCACUCGCAAUAGUCCCUCAACCGUGUCGCGGUUUCCUCCUACUGCGGAACCGGGUAUGGUUCGUUUGAAAACGACGCCUGGCGUGAAGCGGAUGGUUGAUUUUAUGGCAGCUUGUAUGUUAACAAGUAUUGAUUUUACAAGUUCAAGUUUUUCUCCUGUGUAAGCUUUUUCUCAGAUGUGACCAGGAAGGGCUGGCCAUGAGAUAUCGCAGUUGAGAUCAAUUCCUUUCUUUAUCUUUCUCUUCUCUUCUUCUUUGUUUUUCACUUGUUUGUUUCUUUAACAAAAACCGAAAAGGGAAAACAGAUGACCGAAAAAGAAGGAAGGAAACCGGGAUGCGAUUGUUGUAAAAUUGAACAAAGAAACCAAAGGUUUAGAUGCUCCCGCGCUUCGUCGCGUGCCUCUUUGCUUCCCACACUAAAAGGCUAACAAAAACUGAACAGUUUUGACGUUGUUGUUCCCAAGGGGAAUUUUCGUGUGUAUCAUGCAUGAUGGAUGAUGUUAUUGAUGAAGAAAAAAUUUUUUUAAUUAAUGAAUAAGGAUAAUAUUGGCAAUCGAAUUUUCUUUCGAGAUGCCCUCAGAUCACGAUACGAAUCAGAAGUUUUCUACUCAACAGAAGUGCACUCUUCCCUUACUCAUCCUUUUCUUUCCCUUAUCCUCCUCUUGAUCUUCCUCUUUGGUGGUCCUGCUCCUUUUCUGCUAUAUUUAUCGGCGAACAACAUGGUCUCUCGUACUCGUUUGUCAAUAUCGAUAUUCCAGAAAUGCAAAGCUUCAGUGCAACAGGAGAUGGCCAUGUCGUCAGGUGGUAUCGGACCGAGGAGCAGGACACCUGAGGAGAAGAGGGAGAAAGGAUAUACAUAUUACGAAUUUGUAUGAAGAGCGAGGAACAAGAUUUCAUGACAUUACUUUUUAAUACAUUUGACGACAGUAAUGCGUAGCGGAUACAUCUUAUUUUCAACUAUUAGUUUGUUGUCGGCAUUGAUUCUAGCGCGUGAUGUUACAGACGAGUUAGCAUUUUGAAGAAGAGUGAUAGUAUCUGUUAGAGCUGCCGCAUCUGCGUUCUCAUCUUGGAUGUGCAUCAGGACACCUCAGUUAGCGUCGUCCGAUUUUUCUGACACCUGUGCCGGAUGCCUUGGUCGUUUUCUUCGUUGUCUUGUUAUCCUCCUGGGAGGAAGUUGGGCGCUUGUCGAGUUUAUCGACGAUGGUACUCAGCAUUUGUGCGAUCUGUAACGCAUUGGACUGAUCCGAGCUAGCGCUAGCUGUUCCUAGUGCCAGUGACUGCUUGUGCUCUGCUCGUGUCAUACCACCUACUUGCUUGAUGUAUGUGUUGAUGUCCUUGAGCUUCUCCGUGUCAUGACCAGCGAUGUACUCGAUUCGUUCCUUGAUUUCACCUUCUAGACCACUAGGACCAGCAUCUUCAUGGAGGAAGGGGCAAUUAGCCCCACGGAAGCACUUCCCGAACUUUUGGAACUCGAAGCAACGGCGGGAACCAGAGGAGUUGUUGUUGUUGUUGUUACCACCGCCAUAGCUCGUCUUCCAGCCCCCGCUAUGGGAGUUGUUGUCGUUGAAGGAGGAGCCGUAGUUUCCGUAGUAGGACAUCUUUCGCUGUCUUGUGGUGGAUGUACACCAGGUGUUUGCAAUGCUUCAACGAAUACUUAGGCACUACUUGGAGACGCUACGUGACUAAACAGCUGACCUCAGAGCAAUCUAUACGAGCUAACUUCUCCAAUCUUGAAGGAGUUGUAUCACAAAACGCUAUGCGAAGAACAAAGACAGGCAAAGGUAAAGGAAAAAUAAAACUAAAAGACAAACUCGUAACAAAAAGAAGCCAAACUCGUAACAAAAAGAAAAAGAGAAACUCGUAAUAAAAGGAACACUUUUUCGGGGGUAGUGGUGAGUAUAAACCGAAAAGAAGGGCCUACUUACUUUACUGCAACACAAGUUGGGCUAGUUUUUCUUUGCUUUACUUAUUUGGGAGAUGGCGUGUGUUUAAGAUAUGCAGCGCCUCUCUAAUGUGUCGAGGCGAGUAGCUUACCGAUCUCAGCACCAUUGCAGCAUCUCUAAGCUCUUGGUCGAUGCUAAUUAGGUGCUUAUUUGAGAUCCCCGAUGUAUAUCGGCAUAAAUGGCCGACAAUGAUCCCCACGAGCUGCUUCUUGGAGUAGAAGCUGUCGCCGGGCACCACCACGGUGCCCCGGAGAGGUUUGCUCGAAGAGACUAAUACACCAUCAGCAAAUCUUACUCUAAGUCCGCAAUAGAUUAUUUCCUUAGAUGGUGGGCACUCCCACUCCAUCUCACAGCCUGGUACUUUGUAGCGAAGUAGCUUUUCAAAAAUGGAUGGAUAGCGAGUGUCUAAAACUAGCAGUAUGUCGUCGACAAACCGUCGACGAAGGAAAAGGCCCGCGAAGACACGAGCUUCGUUCUCGGUGAGUCCUGCAAACAUUUCAGCUUCACUCUCUAGGGCUACCAUGUUUGCGAGGGGGGGCGCCUCAGGCGUCCCCAUAGGUAAACCUCGCAACUGCAAGUAUGCCCCAUAUGGUGUAGUACUGAUCAUAUUAUCAGCGUUUAAAUGGAUAAUGUCUCUUAAAAAUUCAAGGGAUACUGGGCUGCAGCCUCUUUCCUUUUUCUUUCGUGAUAAGAAGCCAUAAGUCUUCUUUGGAACGUAUCUAGCUUGCUUGCCGUUCUUGUCCACAGACGACGGCUCAACCCGGGCCCUAUGAUAUAAGGCCACCGAGGUAUAGCCAGCCGCUCGCAGCUUCUCUAAGUUCUUGUCUAGUACUUUUAACGCCUCAGCUCUGUCUACUUCGCCAUAGAAGUUCUUAAUAUCAGCUGACAUAAUUGCAGCCGUGGCGUGGUUACUCAAGUGCUUUACUGAUAUGUCCGAGACAACGUCUUGCACGGUGUUAGUGACUAGGUCUGCGUAGAGGAAGCUGUUGAUUAUAUUAAGACACUUAGCUGCCCGUCUAAGUUCUGGGCGGUAGACGUGCUUGUGGUAGCCAGCUAGUGGGCGAAUCUUGAAGUCAGUUAUGGUCUUAUCCGUUUGCUUGAAAGCUUUCUGCUUUAUUAACAGCCUAGUCCUAGGAAACUUGUGCUUAGUCUUCUUCGUAUACCUAAAAAACUUCGUGGCCUCGCCGUGUUUUUGUAUGGCGUUGUGGCCUUUCAAGGGUUUGAACGAGCCCGACUGGUCUGUGUAGUGCUGGAGCCUGCGCCCAUAUAGAAAAGGACACAAGACAGCCAGGUCAGACUCGUCAGGCUUGUCCACUUCCAGGCAUGUUAGUUCAGAAAAUCCGGGAACUGACUGGAAUUCCCGAAGAGCCGGCUCAACUCCUACGGCCGGUAGUCCCCCAACAGAUCUGCUCACUGUCGAUAGGUAAACGUCUACGAGUCUUUUGGCUAGGUCACCCGCGACGCCAAACUUGGCGACGUCGCGUAUGAUGGCCUUAGACUCUUGCACGGCGUUGGGAGGUCGUCGCUCCUUAAUACUAAUAGGAGGGAGGCCCUGGAUUUUUCUUAUCUUGUUCGUAGUUGUAAAAACGUGACCACUAAGAAGCUCUGUCGUAGGAACGAAGUCCCUACAUGGUAUACAGGUGCACCUUUCUAGUUUGUCUUUUGUGUUGAACUUUCUAGAGUUCUCAAGAGUGUCUAGAAGUCUAGGGCCUGGCUUCUUUCUAAUAAUAAUCUUAACACGCUGACGGCCUAGCUUUUCUCUCAUGUGAGCGGCGAUCUCCCUAAGCUGGUCCUUUUCCCCAGGUAAGAGAACACCACACGGGAUGGAAAGGUCCAAAGUGAUGGGCUUCUUCAGCCUUUUCCUACUGUGGGUCCCGCGCGCUUUGGCAUUGUCCCGAACGUCGUCUGCCAAGUAGCACGCGGAGGUCAACCCAGAGAGGCGCCAUUGCCUUUUUAUCAGUAGAUACUUCUCCGCAGGUAUUCCUAAAAUCCAACGCCUAGUGUCUAUGGGCACCCGUGAUCUCCUAGACAAACUAACCCCCAUUGAUAUUGUCUUAGAGACCACGCCCCGCGUGAAUAGUUUACAGUAGUCUUCUCUUUUUUGGUCAAAUAGUUCCCUGCUGUUGUGGUAUCUAGAAAAUUUGGGCUUUUUCUUGUCUGUGUCGAUAGUUGCUACUAAGCUCGUGAGUGGUUUUGCAGUUUUUACUGCGUGCUUUUUAUUCAGAGUUCCACAGGCUUGGAUUGCUAAGCAUUCUAGUUGGUUAAUCUCGGUGGUAGACUUUGAGUCGCAUUUGAUCAUUCGCAUGAAAAUAAAACUACCUAUGUUGCGUGCUAAUUCUCUAUGAAGUAAGUCUGUGCUGUUCUCUGUCUUGUAUAGGACAUCCCGCCAGUGGCCUAGGGUUCUUUUUCCCAUGCCCACUUUCGUCUGUCCUAUAUAUACUGACUUAGUUCCAGGCCUGAAAGCUGCAUAAACGAGCUUUCUUUCGCCGAGGUCUUCUGCCGAGGAGCAUAACCCGCCACACACCUUGGCAUGGAGGGCUUUCUCCCUCUUAGUCCUAGCCUGUGAUAACCACAAGCCACCUAGCAAGUCACCUAGCAGUAAAAUCUCGUCCCUGAUUUUCUUGGGAAGUCCUUUAAUAGAGCCCCUGUAUGCCGGCGCCCUUAUGUUUAGGGCCUCGGAUACAAGGUACAGGAGCCCAGAGCAUUUCCGGAGCUCAGACACAGCGCUUGUACGCAAUAGUAUAGGAUGUCUUUCUGGUUCGAGUACGUGUAUACAAGUACACCUUCCCUGGCGAAAAGAGCACUUGUAGCACACAUAUCUACUGGAUUCUUUGAUUAUAAUCUCGUUGAGAAACCCGAAGAACUUGUGUGCCCUUUGUAGUAUGUAUCUUGUAAGUUUCCAGUCGUAUUCAUACACGUCGUUAAAUUCCCUGAGUAAGUGGCUCUUAAAAAUGUGUAACACUUUCCACAAGUCUAGCAGUGACCUACGUCUGAUGUAGAUGGAUCUAUUCCAGAUGGGUUGGUAAUUGGGGUCGUAUACCGGGUUAAACGUCGUGGGAGCCUCAUCACUACAGGCGAGAAACACCUUCAAACAUCCCUUAGUACAACUACGCAUGUCACUAUAUAAGCGUAGUUAUUUACAGGAAAGUCCAACAAAGUUAACAGAAAGGGAGCCAAAAAAAAUUGAGUAUCAAUUUCGACAAAUAUCACUAGUCGGGAAUUCGAUCAAAGGAUUAAACAAAAGCGCAAACAUCGUAUGUGAAUACAAAACAAAACAAUUUUAAUACAAAACAAAACAAUUUUAAUAUUUCCUCAUCAAAAACCCACAUAAAUAAAGACACUAUAGGAAGUCAUGCGCCUUCGUAAAUGCCUAACAAUAUCGCAGUUGAGAUCAAUUCCUUUCUUUAUCUUUCUCUUCUCUUCUUCUUUGUUUUUCACUUGUUUGUUUCUUUAACAAAAACCGAAAAGGGAAAACAGAUGACCGAAAAAGAAGGAAGGAAACCGGGAUGCGAUUGUUGUAAAAUUGAACAAAGAAACCAAAGGUUUAGAUGCUCCCGCGCUUCGUCGCGUGCCUCUUUGCUUCCCACACUAAAAGGCUAACAAAAACUGAACAGUUUUGACGUUGUUGUUCCCAAGGGGAAUUUUCGUGUGUAUCAUGCAUGAUGGAUGAUGUUAUUGAUGAAGAAAAAAUUUUUUUAAUUAAUGAAUAAGGAUAAUAUUGGCAAUCGAAUUUUCUUUCGAGAUGCCCUCAGAUCACGAUACGAAUCAGAAGUUUUCUACUCAACAGAAGUGCACUCUUCCCUUACUCAUCCUUUUCUUUCCCUUAUCCUCCUCUUGAUCUUCCUCUUUGGUGGUCCUGCUCCUUUUCUGCUAUAUUUAUCGGCGAACAACAUGGUCUCUCGUACUCGUUUGUCAAUAUCGAUAUUCCAGAAGGAUACAUGACAAUGAGCGUACAACUAGAAGCAGGCCCCUGCUUUAGUUUUCGUGAACAUCUCUUUCAUCUGGAUUUUGAUAUCAAACCUCUACCCCCAACCUUUUCGCUUCAUACACACCUUGCUCACGGAGCAGCGAGACCAGCCAGUUGGACCUACAUUGAUGUCGCUGCGGAUGCUGCGACCCAGUCUCGAGGCGCCGUUUUUGAAGGCCAAGCAGUUGGGAAAUAAAUGGCUCACCGCUGUUCGUAAUGAAAAGAUUCGUAAGGUGGAAUCGGCUGAUGAAAUCUCUGGACAUCUAGCUGGAGCUGAAGAGCCUACUUCGAGGCAAAGCGGACAAGAUGGAGGUGGAGAGGCACCUCCGGUUGUCGUAAGUUCUUCUUCACAUCCUGUUGGCAUAAAAACUAAAACGCCAGUAAGUGGUCGAAGGGAACCCGAGAUUGAGCCGGAUCACGUUUCGACAUCGACGUUUUUCAAACUCACUAGCAGCAGUGGAAUGCGCUUCUCGCCCUACGACCGCUCUCCGGCUUCCUCUAGGACGGCAGCGAACAUGAUGAACGGUGCAGCACCGAGGUUAAAUCUAAAUGUGAAGAAUGACAACAACUACAGUCAACUACAUCAACAAUCGCAUACUUCCACUCCUACUUUCACGCGACAGCCACCAAUUCCGAUUUCAACAGCGAGUACAACUACUACGCCACCAGUUGCGUCGCCUGUCCGGCUACAAGUCGAUCCAUCGAGAAUGAGUACUUCUAGGGUUAGCAGUCGCCGUCCAUCGGCUGUGGGCCAGAAUCGGGUGUUGUACAUCAAUAGCCCUCGUUUGCCCGCCUCCCCGCGGCUUGGGUCGCCGAGGCCUGUUAAUAUGCCGACGGCAGCUACAUCAAGUCGAGAACCGCGUUAUUCAACAGAGCAAAGGCGAACAGGGGAAUGGCGACAUUGAGGAUUUACUUAGUCGUGAAUUUAUUUGUGGACAACAAAAAUAAUGAGAAAAGAGUCUUAAAUGAUGGCGUGUCUACUUUUGGACUGCCCACUAUGCAUAAGAACGAUUUUUUGCCAUUUUUGGUCUACUUUCUAUGCUUCAUUCUUUGUGACGAGUGGGCAUCGUAGCUAUUGAGACUGUUACAUUGUAGCGAACUGAAAAUUUGCGAAACGGGCUGGCAGGCACCAGGGUAAGGAUCUCUUAAAUAUAAAAUGCAGAAAGCAGGUGGAAUGCUUCCACUCUUUGCUUUACAACAUGUCAGGUUCGAAGAACUGCAGGCCUGGGAUGGUUAGGACCUACUUACAUCUGCAGAAGUAAGAAAUGAACCACGAUUCAAUUAUUUUUUGAUCCCGUUGAAGGGUAUUUCACUAUACUGAGCGG